AUGUCAAGGUCCGCAACGCCGGCACUACCUUUGCAUAAUGCCCAGGCCUCCGAGUUAAGACCUCCGUCCACAGCUACGCUGGGUGUGCGCUCCAAUCCGUCGUCACCCUCGACUUCAACCUCCACCUAUGCACUAUUAGACCCGCAAGAAACCGCAGAACGCCUACAAACCUCUCUUAUUCAUGGACUUACCCCGGCGGAAGCGGAGAUACGCUUGAUACGGGGUGGACCAAAUGAAUUGCCUCAUGAAGAGCCGGAGCCCCUGUGGCUACGGUUUCUCAAGCAGUUUCGGGAGACUUUGAUCCUACUUCUUCUGGCGUCGGCGGCAAUUUCCUUUCUCAUGGGCAACUAUGAUGACGCUGUCAGCAUCACCCUCGCCGUUACUAUCGUCGUUACCGUUGGGUUUGUCCAGGAAUAUCGGUCGGAAAAGUCCCUGGAGGCACUGAGCCGCCUAGUGCCGCAUCAUGCGCAUCUGAUCCGCCAUGUUCCCCAUUGGAACGCCCCUCCCUUGGACAAUUCCAUUCCUGCCGCCCCCGAGUCUGACGUGGAAUUACAGGAGCUGAGUAGAAAGAGUCCAGCUUCUGCUUCGGCCGCCGUCAAGGCCUCCACCACUGUUCUUGCCACUGAAUUAGUGCCGGGAGACAUGGUUCUUUUCACCGUUGGGGACCGCAUUCCGGCCGAUAUUAGAAUCACUGCUGCUACUGACCUAACCAUCGACGAAUCGAAUCUGACGGGGGAGAACGAACCGGUGGCUAAAAUGGCCCACGCCAUUCGGAGUCUAAAGGGUAUCUCCACGAAACCUCCUCGGUCACCGUUUUACGAUGCACCGGCCAGUGGUGCUGUGGGAGCUGAUAUCCGUUUAAAUGAGCAACAUAAUAUCGCCUUCAUGGGCACCUUGGUCCGCUCAGGGUAUGGCCAGGGAAUUGUCAUUGGCACCGGUGCAAGGACAGAAUUUGGCAGCAUUUCAGCAUCGUUGCAGGAGAUUGAAAGUCCAAGGACACCGCUACAGCUCUCAAUGGACCGUCUGGGGCAAGAACUGAGCUACGUUUCUUUCGGCGUUAUCGCUUUGAUCGUGGUGAUAGGGUUACUGCAAGGUCGGAAACUUCUCGAAAUGUUCACCAUUGGUGUUUCGCUCGCUGUUGCAGCAAUUCCAGAAGGACUCCCAAUCAUUGUGACGGUCACCCUCGCUCUAGGUGUGCUGCGCAUGGCUAAGAGAGGGGCCAUCAUGCGAAGGCUUCCAAGUGUCGAGACUCUGGGGUCCGUGAAUGUGAUCUGCAGUGACAAAACAGGAACCCUCACGCUCAACCAUAUGACUGUCACCAAAAUGUGGCACUUCGAUUGUCUCGAGCCAUUUGAAGUGCACAACGAUAUCACUUCAUUGGCACCAGGACCUGCAGCGCGAACGGUUUUGCGCGUUGGCAAUAUUGCCAAUAAUGCCAGGUUGUCACGCGUAAACGCAAACUCUCCUGCUAGUGCAUCUUCUGCCGCCGUGCUGUCCUCCACUGACGAUAGAGCUUCUGGAUCCAUCCGGAGCAGGUGGGUUGGUCAACCCACUGACGUUGCUAUCCUCGAUCUUUUAGACUCUUUCGGCGAAGACGACGUACGCGAUCGGAUUAGCGCUCGCGUCGCCGAGACUCCAUUCAGCUCCGAACGCAAAUGGAUGGGCGUCAUCAUUGGAAAUGGCACCUCCAGCGAGACCAAUCAUGUUGCUUAUAUUAAGGGAGCCCUAGAGCAGGUGCUGGCGCGCUGUGAUACCUAUUUAACCAAGGACGGUCGCGAAGUUAUCUUAGAUGAGCCACGACGCCAGACAGUUCGACAGGCAGCCGAUCACAUGGCAUCGGAAGGCCUGAGAGUCCUGGCUUUCGCGAGUGGGGCAGUACGAGAUUCAUCCAAGGGAAGGCCAUUUGGUAGCAGAUCCGGCACACCCACUUCGAGAACCAGCCAGGGUGACGACGAUGAUCGGUAUACCGGACUGGUCUUCUCUGGGCUCGUAGGAAUGAACGAUCCUCCCCGAAAGAAUGUUCACAAGUCCAUCCGGCGCCUAAUGGCCGGGGGAGUGCGAGUCAUUAUGAUCACUGGAGAUGCAGAGACCACAGCCGUUGCCAUUGCCAAGAAGCUCGGGAUGCCCGUCAGUGACGUUCCGGGUUCUCGGUCUGUCCUCAGUGGGGAGAGCAUCGAUCGCAUGAGCACGGAGGAGCUCACGCAAGCCAUAUCCUCCGUUUCAAUUUUUGCACGCACCAGUCCGGAGCACAAGAUGAAGAUCGUGCGUGCACUGCAGGCCCGAGGCGACGUAGUGGCCAUGACGGGGGAUGGUGUGAAUGAUGCACCGGCGCUGAAGAAAGCAGACAUUGGCAUUUCCAUGGGCAAACUAGGCACUGAUGUUGCCAAGGAGGCCGCAGACAUGAUCUUGACCGACGACGACUUUUCGACUAUACUCCGCGCCAUUGAACAGGGCAAGGGGAUAUUCUAUAAUAUUCAGAACUUUAUUACAUUCCAGCUCAGCACCAGUGUUGCCGCCUUGAGUCUUGUGUUGUUGAGUACCGCUCUCGGAUUCAAGAACCCGCUCAAUGCCAUGCAAAUUCUUUGGAUCAAUAUUCUCAUGGACGGCCCUCCGGCCCAGUCCUUGGGCGUGGAGCCAGUUGAUCCGUCUAUCAUGGGCCGGCCUCCGCGGCCCAGGACGGCGCGGGUGCUUACCAAACCGCUCAUUCAACGGGUGGUUACUUCAGCUUUGACGAUUAUGCUGGGUACUCUUGCCAUCUAUGUUUACGAGAUGGGCGAUAUCGAUGACGGGGUUAUGCCAGGCAAGCGGACCCGGGUGGUAACGGCGCAUGAUACGACCAUGACAUUUACCUGCUUCGUGCUCUUUGACAUGUUCAAUGCGCUGGCCUGCCGCAGCGAGGGCAAGUCGGUGCUCCGCGGGGAGAUUUCUCUGUUUGGAAACAAGAUGUUCAAUUACGCGGUGUUCGGGUCUCUUGCCGGACAAGCGUGUGUCAUCUACCUUCCCUUCCUGCAACGAAUCUUCCAGACCGAAGCCCUCAAUCUGGCGCAUUUGUUAAAGCUGCUGUGCAUUUCGAGCACGGUGUUUUGGGUAGACGAGGCCCGGAAAUUCUACCAGAUGAUGAAACGGCGGAGGGCUGUGGGGGCGGGAUAUAGUGUGAAUGUUUAA